CGCGGUCGGAGGGCUUAGCAACACAUUCCCCUGCAGACACGGAAAGGUGCUGACAAAAGACCAUCAUGAAGCUUGUAGCCGUCACUCUCGCUCUCCUGUUCAUCACAGGCAGUCAUGCCCGGUUCCUGUGGCAGGCAGACCAGCCCCCCAGCCAGCUUGAGGAUUUGAGAGCCUCUCUGAUGAUCUACGUCAGCCAGGUGCAGGAACUUGCCAAGAGCACCAUCGACCGCGUUGAGAGCUCCGAGCUGGGAAAGCAGUAUGGCGUAAGGGUCUCUGAGAGCCUGACGCAGCUCAGCGAAUACGUGCAGAAAGGGACAAAGGACUUGGCCCCCUACACCGAUGAGAUCACCACCCGGAUUCUGCAGCAAACGGAGCAGCUCCGCACGCAGCUGAAGGCAGACCUGGCGGAUGUGAGAGAAAAGAUAGCCCCCUACUCCCAGGAGGUGCGCGAGAAGAUCCGGAAGCACGUGGAAGAGUACAAGACCAUGCUCGCCCCGCUGGCCCAGGAGCAUCUGGAGAAAACCAAGCAGAACGUCCAGGAGCUGAGAGAGAAGCUGCAGCCCCACGCCGCGGCCCUGCGCGAGAAGGUGAAGACCAACGUGGAGGAGCUGCGCGUGCACCUGGCCCCGCUGGCAAAGGAGCUGAGGGAGAAGGUGGACCUGCGGCUCGAGAACUUCCGCAAGAACGUAGCGCCCUACACAGAAGAGUACCGCGGGAAACUGAGCCAGGCCGUGGAGGAGAUCAAGCAGGGCAUCGUCCCCCUCACCCAGGGCCUGCGCGAGAAGGUGGAGCCCUACACCACGGAGCUCGGCGCCAAACUCCUGUCCCUCUGGGAGGCCGUUCUGCAAAAAGUCAAAGCCUAGACAGCUACACACACACACUGAGUCACACUCACACACAGAGAUGCUGACACACACACACAC